UGUGCCUGAGUGUGCUUUGGAGCCUGGUGUCCUAUGAAGGGUGUGUGUGCAUUCGUAUGUCUGAAUGUGUGUCCAGUGCCUGUGUCUGUGCGUCCGCGAGUGCAUCGCAUCGUGUGCUCUGUUGACGGAGUGUCGGUGUGCUUGUGUGUGUGCGUGGUCCACCAUCCUUUCCUGAGGCCUGGACCUCAGGCCUCAUCCCCUCCAGCGGGCGUGCGCCCGCUCUUUUCCAGGGUUUCCUCCUCCCCUGGCUCCCGCCACCCGGCGUGGGGUAGCUGGGAGCCGCCCGGGGUGGAAGCAGAGCCGAGACACGCGCUGCUGCCUUGGGCCGGGAGAGAGACUCCAGGCCGCCUGCCCCAGACUGCGAGCCUCCGGGAUCUAGUUCACGGCCCCGCCCCCGCUGGGGCGUCUCGUGAGCUGUCCUGGCCUUGCCCUGCUCAGCUUCAGUUUUGACCUCCUGGUAUCUGCCUCUUAGACCUUUCUCAACCCCUCCCACCUUCCCCCACUUUGAGAUCGAACCCUUUGCACUCCCCACCCCAUCACCUUGAUUGGAGAAUAAACGUGAGAGCCUCAAUCACCACAGUAGUGGACUGUCAGGAUCAAUGUUUGAGAGUGAGACCUACUGCAGGUUAUUCUCAUUCCUGAGCCUCAGUUUCUCCGUUGGCUUCAUGAUCUUACUAAUGAUCGCGUAUUACUUGGUAGAAGGUUAAGUCCCCUAUCUGGGAAUCAGAGAAGAUGGGUUGGAGGGGGUGUGGUAAAGCCCUAGGGGCUAACUUGAAGCCAGGGGCAACAUGGACUCAAAUUCUGUCUCUGCUACUUGCUGUGUGUGACCUUGGGUAAGUCUCUUUACCUCUCAAGCUCCUGGCACCUUUGAAGCUCUUACAAUUAGAGAUCGAUUCAGAAGCUCUGGGCAGAAGGGAGGUGGCAGCCCUCUGUCUUCAGUCUAGGGAGUGGAUCCAGUUCCCUGCCUACCUCCUUAGUCACGCAGUGGGGGUCUGUGUAGGGUGUCUCUGUGCAGAGCACACCUGGCAGUAAUUAUCCCACUGAGUGCUCUGGCUCAAUCUAUCUUUUUGGUCGCUGGAAUUGUGGGCAUCAGGAAUGAGGGAGAGGUGCCCUGUGGUUUCAGGUUAGGCAAAGAGGGCUUGUCAGGGCAGCCUUCUCUCUGGGGCUGAAAAGGGAGGCUAGGCAGGAAGCCAGGAGGGUGGCCUGGAUCCUAUGCCACACUUCCAGGCUGCCUCCUGCUUCUGUCCAGUGGCAUCAGAGAUCCAGGACUGUACCCUGUUAGCUGGGGGCAUGCUGCUAUCCUCCAGGCUGGCCCUAACUGGGCUUGUGGUACCAGCUAGGUCAGCCAGAGUGACAGGAGCUUUGUGCCUUCCCUUUGUGUCUUGAAGUAACCUAUGUCUCCUCCAUCUUUCCUUUUUCUCCCUCCUCAGCCGUCGUCCACUUACAGAAAGGCAGUAGCAUCUUCCUUCCACAGUGACAGGGUUCUUCCUAAAAUGCAUGCAUUAAACCCCUCUUCCAAUUCUCAUCAAAGCUCCCUGUUACUUUCACAGUUAAAGUCUUUCCUUCUCAGCCCCAUCAGUGUUCUAGUCUCUGCCUGGUCCACCUCAUCUUGGGAUCCUAUGAUCUGGCUAGCCUUAUCUACCAGUAGUCCCUAAGUACCCACUACCCACUAUCUCUUCUCGGCACCAUGUACAAAUUGCUUUCUCUCUGUGAUUCCACAGUUUCCAUUGUGAGCCCCUAGUUUGUUUCUCAGCUUAGAUAUCACUUCUUCAUUGAAGCCUUUCUUGGUUUUUCUCUGUUUGGGCCCAGGAGAGGGAAGGGAGAAGUUGAUUAGGUUUUUUAUAUUAGGUUAUAAUUACAGUCUCUUGGUCCUGCCACCUUUACAAGAUCAGGAGCUCUGUGAGGAAAGUCACCAUGUACCUUCAAAUGCACCAGGCACAAGGUCUGACUGAGCCUUCUAGUCCAAGUAAAUGGCUGUGGAGUACUAGAAUGAGUGAAACUGGGUGAUACAGUUCAGUGCUGUAAUCCAAGCACUGGGAGAGGGGAGACGCUGAGGCAAGGGAAUUGAUUGCAAGUUUGAGGUCAUCCUGAGUUGCACGGUGAAUUCCAUGCUAGUCAGGACAACUUUUCGUAUUGAAAAAAAAAAAAUGAAUGAAUGAAUGGAGUCAAGCAGGUCAAAUUCAGGGCUGGAGAUGCCAGAUGGGGGCGCAAUGACUCCAUUGAAGGCAGAAGGGAAGGAAGAGUUUUUUUUUGUUUUUUUUUUUUUUGUUUUUCCCUCGGUAAGAAUCUGGAAGAUUCUGCCGGUGGAUGGUGUUAUGUUGUGAAAAGGCCGAGUCCAGAAAGUGUCAUCUGGGAGCUGCGAGUUAAAGAGGUUGAGUCUCUGGCAGAGACUGAAGGGAGAGGGCUCUUGCCGGAGGGCCCCUCCCCCACAGACUGCUGCUGCUCCGCUCCCUCCCCUGGCCCCACCCCUAGCAGCUGGCUCAGCUUGUCCAAUCCAGAGAGUUUCAGCCUACUGUGAUCAGGACAACCGUUGCUGGCUGCACCUUCGAGGAGGCGAGUGACCCGGUUGUGCCCUGCGAGUUCAGCCAGGCUCAGUAUGAUGACUUCCAGUGGGAGCAAGUACGGAUCCACCCUGGCACCCGGACCCCUGCAGACCUGCCCCAUGCUUGGGCUCAGGAGCCUGCGUGUGAGGACACAGCAAAGGCCUGAGGCAUGACAGGUGCCUACUUGAUGGUUAAUGCUUCCCAGCAUGCUCCAGGCCAGAGGGCCCAUAUCAUCUUCCAGACCCUGAGCGAGAACGACACCCACUGUGUGCAGUUCAGCUACUUCCUGUUUAGCCGGGAUGGGCACAGCCCAGGCACCCUGGGCGUCUAUGUGCGUGUGAACGGGGGCCCUCUGGGCAGUGCCGUGUGGAAUAUGACUGGAUCCCACGGCCGUCAGUGGCAUCAGGCUGAACUGGCUGUCAGCACCUUCUGGCCCAAUGAGUAUCAGGUGCUGUUUGAGGCUCUCAUCUCCCCAGACCAUAAGGGCUACAUAGGCUUAGAUGACAUCUUGCUAUUCAGCCAUCCCUGCGCGAAGGCCCCUCACUUCUCCCGCCUUGGAGACGUGGAGGUCAAUGCGGGCCAGAAUGCAUCCUUCCAAUGCAUGGCAGCAGGCAGAGCUGCAGAGGCAGAGCGUUUCUUCCUGCAGCGGCAGAGUGGGGUGCUAGUGCCUGCGGCUGGGGUGCGGCACAUCAGUCACCGUCGCUUCCUGGCCACUUUUCCACUGGCCUCUGUAGGCCGCUCGGAGCAGGAUCUGUACCGUUGCGUGUCCCAGGCCCCGCGCGGUGCUGGAGUCUCCAACUUCGCAGAGCUCAUCGUCAAAGAGCCUCCCACCCCCAUCGCGCCCCCACAGCUGCUGCGUGCAGGCCCCACCUACCUCAUCAUCCAGCUCAACACCAACUCCAUCAUUGGCGACGGGCCGAUCGUGCGCAAGGAGAUCGAGUACCGAAUGGCACGGGGCCCGUGGGCCGAGGUUCACGCUGUCAACCUGCAGACCUACAAGCUGUGGCAUCUAGACCCGGACACUGAGUAUGAGAUCAGCGUGCUGCUUACCCGCCCGGGAGAUGGAGGCACAGGCCGCCCAGGGCCACCACUGCUCAGCCGGACCAAGUGCGCAGAGCCCACGAGGGCCCCCAAGGGCCUGGCUUUUGCUGAGAUCCAGGCUCGUCAGCUGACCCUGCAGUGGGAGCCCCUGGGCUACAAUGUCACGCGUUGUCAUACCUAUGCUGUGUCCCUUUGUUAUCACUACACCCUGGGCGGCAGCCACAACCAGACCAUCCGGGAGUGUGUGAAGAUGGAGCGGGGCGCCAGCCGCUACACCAUCAAGAAUCUGCUGCCGUUCAGGAACGUCCACGUGCGUCUGAUUCUCACAAACCCUGAGGGGCGCAAGGAGGGCAAGGAGGUCACCUUCCAGACAGAUGAAGAUGUGCCUGGUGGGAUCGCCGCUGAGUCUCUCACCUUCACCCCACUAGAGGACAUGAUCUUUCUCAAGUGGGAGGAGCCCCAGGAACCCAAUGGCCUCAUCACUCAGUAUGAGAUCAGCUACCAAAGCAUUGAGUCCUCAGACCCAGCGGUGAACGUGCCCGGCCCGAGACGCACCAUCUCCAAACUCCGAAAUGAGACUUACCAUGUCUUCUCCAACCUGCAACCCGGCACCACAUACCUGUUCUCUGUGCGUGCUCGUACAAGCAAGGGCUUUGGCCAGGCGGCUCUCACCGAGAUAACCACCAACAUCUCAGCACCCAGCUUUGAUUAUGCCGACAUGCCGUCACCCCUGGGCGAGUCUGAGAACACCAUCACUGUGCUGUUGAGGCCGGCCCAGGGCCGAGGAGCACCCAUCAGCGUCUACCAGGUGGUUGUGGAGGAAGAGCGGCCACGGCGCUUGCGGCGCGAGCCUGGAGGUCAGGACUGCUUCUCGGUACCUCUGACCUUUGAGACGGCCCUGGCUCGCGGCCUGGUGCACUACUUUGGGGCUGAACUGGCUGCCAGCAGCCUGCUUGAGGCCAUGCCCUUCACUGUGGGUGACAACCAGACCUAUCGUGGCUUCUGGAACCCACCGCUUGAGCCCAGGAAGGCCUACCUCAUCUAUUUCCAGGCAGCGAGCCACCUGAAAGGGGAAACCCGACUGAACUGCAUCCGAAUUGCCAGGAAAGCUGCGUGCAAGGAGAGCAAGCGACCCCUCGAAGUGUCCCAGAGGUCGGAGGAGAUGGGGCUCAUCCUGGGUAUCUGUGCAGGUGGCCUUGCCGUCCUCAUUCUCCUCCUGGGCGCCAUCAUUAUCAUCAUCCGUAAAGGGAGGGACCGCUAUGCCUACUCUUACUACCCGAAGCCAGUGAACAUGGCAAAAGCCACGGUCAACUAUCGCCAGGAGAAGACCCACAUGAUGACUGCUGUGGACCGUAGCUUCACAGAUCAGAGCACUCUGCAGGAGGAUGAGCGGCUGGGCCUGUCCUUCAUGGAUGCUCCUGGCUACAGCCCUCGGGGAGACCAGAGAAGCAGUGGGGUCACUGAGGCCAGUAGCCUCCUGGGGGGCUCUCCUCGGCGCCCCUGUGGCCGGAAGGGCUCCCCGUAUCACACAGGGCAGCUUCACCCUGCAGUACGAGUGGCUGACCUGCUGCAGCACAUCAACCAGAUGAAGACAGCCGAGGGCUACGGCUUCAAGCAAGAGUACGAGAGUUUCUUUGAAGGCUGGGAUGCCACCAAGAAGAAAGACAAGCUGAAGAGCGGCCGGCAGGAGCCAGUGUCUGCCUAUGACCGACACCGAGUGAAGCUGCACCCGAUGCUGGGAGACCCUGAUGCCGACUACAUCUCUGCCAACUACAUAGACAUUCGGAUAAACCGACAAGGCUACCACAGGUCAAACCACUUCAUAGCCACUCAAGGGCCAAAGCCUGAGAUGAUCUACGACUUCUGGCGCAUGGUGUGGCAGGAGCAGUGUGUGAGCGUCGUCAUGAUCAGCAAGCUGGUAGAGGUGGGCAGGGUAAAGUGCUCUCGAUACUGGCCCGAGGACUCAGACAUGUAUGGGGACAUCAAGAUCACGCUGGUAAAGACAGAGACACUGGCUGAGUACGUGGUGCGCACCUUUGCCCUGGAGCGGAGAGGUUACUCAGCCCGGCAUGAGGUCCGCCAGUUCCACUUCACAGCGUGGCCAGAGCAUGGUGUUCCCUACCAUGCCACGGGGCUGCUGGCCUUCAUCCGGCGCGUGAAGGCUUCCACUCCACCUGAUGCUGGGCCUGUUGUCAUUCACUGCAGUGCAGGCACUGGCCGCACAGGCUGCUACAUCGUCUUGGAUGUGAUGCUGGACAUGGCUGAGUGUGAGGGGGUCGUGGACAUUUACAACUGCGUGAAGACCCUCUGUUCCCGGCGGGUCAACAUGAUCCAGACCGAGGAACAAUACAUCUUCAUCCACGAUGCGAUUCUGGAGGCCUGCCUGUGUGGGGAGACCACCAUCCCUGUCAAUGAGUUCAAGGCCACCUAUAGGGAGAUGAUCCGCAUUGACCCUCAGAGUAACUCCUCCCAGCUUCGGGAAGAGUUCCAGACACUGAACUCGGUCACACCGCCGCUGGACGUGGAGGAGUGUAGCAUUGCCCUGCUGCCCCGGAAUCGAGACAAGAACCGUAGCAUGGACGUGCUGCCGCCAGACCGCUGCCUGCCCUUCCUCAUCUCCAGUGAUGGGGACCCCAACAACUACAUCAAUGCAGCCCUAACUGAUAGCUACACACGGAGCGCCGCCUUCAUCGUGACCCUGCACCCACUGCAGAGUACCACACCCGACUUCUGGCGGCUGGUCUACGACUAUGGGUGCACCUCCAUUGUGAUGCUCAACCAGCUUAACCAGUCCAACUCCGCCUGGCCCUGCCUGCAGUACUGGCCAGAACCAGGCAGACAGCAGUAUGGCCUCAUGGAGGUGGAGUUUGUGUCUGGCACAGCAAACGAGGAUCUGGUGUCCCGAGUGUUCCGGGUGCAGAACUCUUCAAGGCUGCAGGAGGGCCACCUGCUGGUUCGUCACUUUCAGUUCCUGCGUUGGUCUGCUUAUCGGGACACGCCUGACUCCAGGAAGGCCUUCCUGCACCUGUUGGCUGAGGUGGACAAGUGGCAGGCGGAGAGUGGAGAUGGGCGCACCGUGGUGCAUUGUCUCAAUGGCGGUGGCCGCAGUGGCACCUUCUGCGCCUGUGCAACGGUCUUGGAAAUGAUCCGCUGUCACAGCCUGGUGGAUGUUUUCUUUGCUGCCAAAACGCUUCGGAACUACAAGCCCAAUAUGGUGGAGACCAUGGAUCAAUACCAUUUCUGCUACGAUGUGGCCCUGGAGUACCUGGAGGCUCUGGAGUUGAGAUAGCAGGCGCCUGGACUGGGGCACCCAGUGAACACCCAGGGCAUGGCCCAUCAUUCCAGACUGGUGAGGAGGGCCUGUGGCCCCAACUUUGCUCAGCCAUAAUCCUACAGGGAGAACACAGGAGCGGAUGCUGCACCGUCUCGGUGACCCCCACGGGAAGGCUGCAGACCAAGGAGGAGCUUUGCAAGACUGUUUCAGCCCCACCUCCAGAGGGCCCUGUAGAACUGUGCCGAGAAGCUGGCCUGGGACAGUGGCACUGGCCAAAAUAGCUAGUGCUGGGGACCCCAGGCUAGACCUUCCACUCCAUUACAGUCCUUGGCAAGAAACGAAUGAGGAUCUGCAGAGAGUGUCCAAGGUUUGCACCCAGUGUGGUCCCUUUGGCACGUGGCGGAAGCUCACUGGGGCUUGGCUGGGGCUGAGUCCCAGCUGGCUGAGCCCCCGAGAGUCCUGAAGCCGGGACUCCUCCUUGUCUUGGCAGUGGGACACACUGAGCAUCCUGCAGCUCCUUUCUCCAUCCCACUGCCCUUGCAGACCCAGGGGUGCUUUGCUUGACAAUGCUUUCCUCCUGCUUCUGAGCUUUUCCUGCAACAGGAGCCUCCCUCCUGGGCUCCAUCCCUGCCUGGCCCAGUAUAUGCAGAAUGAUACACUUCAGCUCCUUCUUCCCUAGCCUUCAGGUCGCCAUGGCUCGGUCCUGCUCAGCUUGGGCCUGUGACAAUCCACAAGGCUGACUCACAGCCCCCUGGGGUGGAGGUCCCUGUGGCUCUUGGUGAGGUGGUCACUGGAUCAGGGUGGAGUAGAGCAAGGCUGGGGCCAGCUCCCAGAGUUCAGAGAAAGAAGGGGUGCUUUGGGAUGGGGACCAGUGCUUUCUUUCUUUGUUGUUGUUAUUUUGUUUUUUGAUGGGAGGGUAGGAAGUUCUCUUUAUAAUGGGGUAGGCCACACCCCCAUUUCGUGCCUCAAUUUCCCCAUCUGUAAACUGUAGAUAUGACUACUGACCUACCUCACAGGGGGCUGUGGGGAGGUGUAAGGUAAUGUUUGUAAAGCGCUUUGUAAAUAAAUGUGCUCUCUGAAUGCCA